UUCUGACUCGCAAAAAAAAACACAUCCAGCACAUGCUCAGACUAUCACCAAGCAGUAUUGGGUUUCUGGUAUAAGGACAGCUGCAUCUAUAGGUGUCUGAGAGACUACAACCAGAAUCUAGUCACAGCAUCACAAGCUCGGAUCGGCAACCAGGUUACACCAGAUUGUCCAAACGGACCAGAAAGGCUCGAUACCAGUUAUUUUUAGAAGAGAAGAUAGAGAUAAUCAAGGUCUAUCUUGAGGGAGGUAGACAGGUCCAGGACGAGGAGCAGGAACGUGUCAAGAUGUUGACUGAUGAGGCAUCACAAAUUCAGGAGGUGAGGUACUGUCUGAAGACCCUGAGGGAGCAAAUGGCAACCAGAUAUAACAACAAUAAUAAGUUUCCAGCCAAUGGCAUCAGAGUGUGUGUUCCCAUCAGCAAAUUACCUGUCUCUAGCACCUGUGUAGGUGAGCCUGUCUCUGAGAUCCAGGAGCAAGAGUGUGUGAGGUUGAAAGAGGGGACACAGUGUCUGUAUACUCAACUGUGGGAAAUGGAAAGGAGAAACCAAGAGGAGAGAGAGGCAUUGCAACAAGAGAACAGAAAGCUCCAGACGCAUCUCGAAGUGCAAACUGAGCGUGUGCAGCAGGCUGAGAGCAAGAUGCAGAGGCAGGACCAGCACACUGAGAAACUGCAAAGGCUUCUGGGAGACCUGGAGAUGGAGAACUCCACACUGCAUGAUAAAAUGGCAGCCAGAGAGGCUGAGCUUCAAGAACUGAGAGCACUAAAAGAUGGGGAAAAUGAGAACAAAUGUGAGAAGCUGGAGAAAGAGCUGAUCAUUCAGAAGGAGAAAAUCCACCAUCUAGAUGACAUGGUGAAGAGCCAACAGAGGAAAGUCAGACACAUGAUUGAACAGCUUCAGAAUUCGCGGACUGUUAUAGAGGAGAGAGAUCAUUUCAUUAGUGACCUGGAGGAAAAGGUGGCUUUCCUCGAGGCAGAGAACCGAGAAAUGCAUGACCAGAUGGACUUCUAUCUGGGUAACCAGACAUCCGAUACUUGCCAGUCAGAGAAGGAACCCCAGAUUGUCUACAGCAAACCUUUGACACCAACAAGUCCUGGGAACAAGUCUCUGCCCUUCAUCAAAGUAAUUGAGAUCAAGUCCUGAGGGGGGAGAGGAAGCUAGUAUACUAUAUAUGUACAAUAUACCUAAUAUAAUCCUUAAUCUAGCAGUAUAAACAGACAUUUUUUUAAGAUACUGUCAUUUUAUAAAGCAUCUAUUUAAAAAACAGAUUGGUUCCUCUUGUAAAAUGUUAAGCUUGCAUUUAUCACAAACACAAUGACCUGUUUGUAAUGAAGACAAAGCAGGCAGCAACAGGUCCAUAGAUGUGGUUCAUGCAGAUCAUAAAAUGUAGUCUAAGAUCUUGUAAUAUGUGGCAUGUAGAUUUUCAUUUCUGAGUAUUAUUACCCAUAUGGAAACUCCCAUUUAAGUCUAGUCUAAGACUUUUUUUACUUGAGCGUUUUCAUUGAAUGUGUAGCCCUAACUUAUUUUAAGACCAGCUAUAUUCUGAGGCUGUAAAAACGCCCCAGAUUUUGUUUCGAAUUUGUUGCAAACUAUGUUAUUACUUUACGCUUGGAUACACUCUUCUUUUUCACAAAUAUGCUCUUCCAUCUGGAGCUACAACGUUCCCAUUUGUCUUGAAGUGUGAACAGGAGACUUACUGUUACUCUAUAACCAGAGCUAGGUUCUAUCAUUCUGUCAGUUCCCAUAUUAAAUGUGAAAUCCAUACACUUCCUGAUGUUCAUAGGUGGUGUAAACGUUUUGCUAUGUAUUUCUAUAUUUAUAUUGUGUGUUUGGGAUCCAGUUAAAUUUAAAACAUAUAUAUUGCUUUCGUUUUGAUUGCUAUAUUGUUACAUGAUGUCGUCGCACGUUUCAAUAAAGUUGCA